AUGGACGGCGUUUGGCGAAAACGUUUCUCGGAUACAAUCAAUAACUCCAUAUUGCCUUGUAACAAUUUUUAUGAACACGUUUGUAAUACGUGGAAUAAGUUAGAUUCACAAGGACGCAGCAAAUAUAUUCAUCGUGUUGAUGUCCGGAGACUACUUCAUGGACUUCUAGAAAACAGUACAAUUAAGAAAGUCGACGACAUUCAAGCAGCGGAUAUGGUGAAAAUAGCGUACACGUCAUGCCUAAAAAAUGAGGGUAAUUACAGGAAAGAGGCCGAAGUGAUAAAACAUCUACUCAAGGGACACGGCAUAAUGUCAUGGGCUCUGCAACCAGGAACGUCCCGCGUGAACUACCUUAGCGUGCUGAAUUCUACGGGUCUCUACCCGUUCCUAAAUGUGGAGGUGAAACGAACCAAAUCAAGUUGGUCCCGGAACACUCUAGUGGUGUCCGCUGCUUCCCCUCACGUUCUACCCUGGACAGACUGGCAAGGGCAUAGAAUAAGCAAAAGGAAACGAGACAAAAUAAAAACGGCAUACAAACAAUUAAUCAUAAAUGUUAUAAGUCUAGUUCAUCCAAACCGUCCUAACAAAACACAAGUAGCCGCAAGCAUCAUGAACUUUGAAGAACGCCUUGCAAAGCUUGAUGAAAUGUGGUUUAAACGAAUUGCUGGAUUUUGGACAGAACCCACACUGGAGCUUUAUAAGAUGCAGAAUUACCUCUCUGGAAAGUUUCCCCUCUUUUUGCUUUUGAGCAACCAAUUCAAGAGGGUGAAUGUAACUCUCCGGUCCAAUCAAAAAGUAACGGUGCAAAACAGAUAUCACGUUAAUGCAAUACUGGAUUGCAUUCAAAAGACUGACUCUAACCUCUUGCAGAAUUACAUGGGCUGGAUGUUGAUACUGGACUACAUUAAAACUGCCGGAGGAAAACUGCAGCAGCAUUGGCAAACAUUUAAGAACGAAGCAAAGUUCAGCCUUGAGGAACAAAAAGAAUGGAAGGAACUCUGUUUGGAUGCACUGGUAACAGAGGAAACAACGAUGUAUGCUCCUGCAGCAAACUUGUACUUGGAAAGAUACUUUCCUCCGAUCGAAAAAGAAAGAGCAUUUGUAAUGAUCAGCCACAUCGUUGAGGCAUUGGUAAACCUAAUCGAAAAGAACGAAUGGAUGGAUCAGAAAGCGAUGAAUAAAGCCCUUGAUAGGCUGAGAGAGGUCAAAUACAGAAUCGGUUAUGACGAUUUCUUUGUCAACAUGACAUACUUGAAUACACUUUACACUUUCGUUGACAGAGUGAAUAUAACGCCCCAGACGCCCUUUAUAACAAUACACAGCAUGCUUCGUAGAAACCUUGAAUUGAAGAGAAUGCAAAGUCUACAGACUAAUGAGGAAGAGUUUGAUUAUCGCUUUGGACCCUUCUUCACCCAGGGCUAUUAUGACUCGACCUCAAAAACGCUAAUUUACCAGGCCGCUUCACUUCAUGGAAUUUUCAGCGAAGAACAUCUUCCAAAAUCCUAUCUAUAUGGUGGACUUGGGUCAAAAAUAGCCUACCAAAUUGCUCGCACCGUCGAAACAAUGGAUAUAUCAACUACUAAUUCAGGUGUUCCAGGCAAUGUGUACGUUUGGUCAGGAAUCAUGGCGAAAAAUUACUUGGAGGCGGCGAAGUGUCUUCAAAGAGCAAAUCGAAAGGCAAAGGAUGAAAGGACGCCAAGAAUAACAUUUGCGAGCUACGUCGCUUCCAGAUUAGCCCGCCAGGCGUACGUUGAAGCAGUAAAGGACGAGAAUGUGGACUACGCCCUCCCAGGUGACCAGUUUAAUUCUUCAGAGAAACUCUUCUACUACAGUUAUGGACAGCUUUUCUGCAGAGGAGCUGGGUACAGCUAUACUGUCACCGAGAGUGAAGAAAGGGUAAACUUCUUGAUGAAAUUAGACCCAGUUUUCUUGGACCUAUUCUCCUGCCCGAAAUAUGCCCACAAGUUGGAGGCCCCAGGAGACGACUGCGUGAUCAUUCCGGAAAAACCGAAGAAGAAACGCAAGCCCAAGAAAGACACGUCUGUCAAGUUAGCCGCUAUUGGAGCCGUUGUUCAACAACUUCUAGAAAACAACCUAACCGCUUUGCUGGAUUCGGAUAUUGAAGUUCUUGAUAUUAUAAAAGUAUGAUAAUGUGUGACAAAUCACACACGAGAAGACCAAAAAAACAAUACUUGUGACAAACUCCAACUGACGCUCCUUAAGCUCCUAGCGAUGGUAUCGGAAGGAUGGUUUUUGGAUUGUCAUAACGGGAAAAAACAGGUGCAAGCCUCGCCACUGGACCGUAACUGGUGUCGAAUUUUUUUUAUAUUACGUGUAGCCGAAUAACGUAUUCUUGCGGUGUUGUUUGGGAAAGUGUGUUGACGAGAGGUUUUUAUCUUAGUAUUCGAAAAUAAAAUGUAACAACGCGGCUAUUUUUAAGUGUUUUUUUAUUAAUAAAGCGAUUAGCCGCGCUCUACUAUUGCUGUUCAGCCACCAUUUAAUUAAAGCAUAACUUUUUGUCACGCUUCUGUAAUAUCGCGGGGGAUUCUGCAUUUAAAAUAUUG